AUGAAAACUUUGGGUUUUGUCCUCUGUCUCCUGACAGCUGUCACUGCAUCGUGCAUCCAUGACUAUGAUUCGGCAUUACAUGGCGGCAAGUUUAGCUACACUGGACUUGGCGGUCCUUUAAACUGGCACGGCUUGGACAAAAAGCACAACAGCCUCUGCGCCAGAGGUAGGAACCAAUCGCCCAUCAACAUCGACUCCAGCAUUCAUACCGGAACUGGGCGCCUCAGUUUAUCAAUUCCAGCCAGCAUUGCCGUAUUUGAGAACCUUGGCCCUACUGUCGAGGUUACCCUACCAAAGGGCCAACUUUUUACCCGGACUGGUAAAUAUGCCUUGCAACAGUUUCAUUUUCACACUCCCAGUGAGCACCGUAUAAAUGAUGAAUAUUAUCCUUUGGAAGUCCACUUCGUCUUCAAAGAUACUGCUGACCGUAUCGCGGUCGUCGCUUUUGUAUUCGAGCUCUCCGAAAACGGAAGGGGAGAUGCUCUCUUCGAGAAUAUCUUAUCGCUAGUUCAAAACAUCGCCAUUCCUGGUAAAGCUACUAGGACCGGACGCCUGAUGUUCGGAGAUCUUGCUAGUCAUCUGGAAAGUAACCUUGCCUACGAAUACUCUGGCUCCCUUACUACACCCCCGUGCACUGAGCACGUGUCCUGGUUUAUCAGUGCUAAGCCUUUGUCUUUGAGUGUGAAGAACUACAAUGCCGUUAAACACGUCCUCAAGUUCAAUUCCCGUUAUACUCAGAACACCCCUGGUCAAGAUAACUUAUUGGAAGUGGCUGCUUGUCAAAUUCCUGCUAUCACCACUGAGUUUGAGUCUGGAAGACAAGAGUUACGAUAG